GUGACCCCCAUCGAACCCCACGUCCCGGGGAGGGGGUUCAAACUGGUCCUCACCGACGGAGACGUCUGCGAGGUAACCGGGAAACCGCGCACCACGACCUUUCUUCUUCCCUGCAGUCCCAACUCGAAACACCGCGUGGAGAAUUUCAGAGCGAUGCGAGCUAUGGAGGGCACGAAGGAGAACGUGUGUCGGUACAUGGUUGAGUUUCCCCCCACUCAGUUUGGGUGUCCUGUGGAUGGUGGUGGCGGCAAACCCACCCUCACUGCUGUGCAAGGCUGCGUCGACUCGCUCCCUCUCCGUACGACGGAAGACUGUCACUACGCCGCCAGAACACAGCUGAGUCUCCACGGCCUCAAACUACACCUUCUCUGUCCCGAUGGCUCCGAGAAUCACUUCUCGUCUUCUCGCUGCACCAGAUCCUUCAGACAGCGGUACACUGUCCACGUCGGUCCGCACACAUGCGGCGACCCCACGGUUAUAUCACAGUUCACACUCAACUGUACUCUGGAUAGAGGGACGGGGAAGGGGUUAGACGUGGUCGUGUACAAAACAAACUCAGAGGGACGGAAAGUGGUUGUGAUGGAGUUGGGAGGUGCCGUGAGUUUCAAGGACGCGAUUGACUUCCGUGAGAAGUUUGCCAAGUUUACAGAGCUGGGUGUGGGUGGACUGAAGAAGGAGAUUGAGGAGUUGUAUCGCAGAGCCUUUGCCUCGAGAGGUGUGUCACAAGAAUUGCUGGGAAAGAUGGGAAUAACCCACGUGAAGGGCAUUCUGCUGUACGGGCCACCAGGUACCGGGAAGACACUGAUAGCUCGCACCAUCGCCAAGAUCCUCGGGUCAAAACAGGUACAGCUCAUCAACGGUCCAGAGAUUAUCAGCAAAUACCUCGGAGAGUCCGAACGCAACCUUCGAGCCCAUUUUGAGGCAGCUCAGAAGGCCUGGAAAGAGCACGGAGCUCUCAGUGAACUCUUUGUCAUCAUCAUCGACGAAAUUGACGCCAUCUGCAAACCUCGAGGUAAGACGGACCAGUCUGCCGCGGGAGUUGCGUACGAUGCUCUAGUGAACCAGCUGCUGACGCUAAUGGACGGUCUGAACGAGGCACACAACACCAUGGUGGUCGGUCUCACCAACCGCAGGGAGCUCCUCGAUACUGCCCUUCUGAGACCUGGGAGGUUUGAAGUCCAGAUAGAAGUCAGUCUCCCGGACGAAGAGGGGAGAGAGGAGAUUUUUGAGAUCCACACGCGCUCCAUGCAGGCAGCGGGGAUGCUGGGCGGGGACGUGGAUCUGCGACAACUGGCAGCUGCCACGGGUCGAUUCAGUGGCGCAGAGAUUGCUGGCGUCGUCAGAUCUGCCUCUGCAUUUGCCCUGGAGAGAUAUCAGUCAUCUCUCAGUUCAGAGGAGAGUGUUCUGGUGACAGCUGCAGACUUCCAACAGGCCAUUAUCUCCAUCAACCCAGCCUACACACACUCCGAGGCAAGUUAAAACUCUCACCAAAGGAACUUGUCGCGAAAUUUUCCGUGAUGCGGUCGACCAGCGAGCACGACACACUAUCACUUCUACGUCCUGUUUUCAUGUAUCCAUGAGUAUGGUGUACAACUUAUGCAGUAAUGCUUCUCUCGGACAAUGAAAAUAACGCAUUUUUGCACCGGC